AUGCCGUUGUUGGCGCUGCUGCCUACACCGGUUACACACCACACCCUCUCGGUGGCGGUGAUUGUCUGCGAGUUGACGGGGCAGCUGACCCCGAUACUUCCGGUUUUGAUCGCAAUGUUGAUGGGCAACGCCAUCUGCAAGUUCUUGCAACCGUCAAUUUACGAGAGCAUCAUCCGGGUCAAGAAGUACCCGUACUUGCCCGAGUUGCCGCCGAGUCGAUUCAGUGUGCACACCGUCAAGGUCGAGCAGAUCAUGGUGGAAGCACAAGCUGGUCGAUUGUCACUGAUCACGCCACAAAACUCCUCCUCGGCUCCGAAGCAAAACGGUACCUGGCUCUCAAAGCGGAACUCGGCCCGUCGCCAGGAGCAAGAGCAGCGGAUAGCGGAAAAAGCGCUUCACCGCGCCGCUUCGAAUCGAUCGGCAGAGAGCGCGCCAAUGCUCGGCAAUCGGGAGGAGGAGCAGUACGACAUCGUGCCGGAUCGGACGUCGAACGGGAAUACCCAUUUGAGCAUCUCACCCCUACAUGCACCGAACAACGUUCCGCUACACGCCGUCUUUACGCGACCGUCUAACACCGAACUCCACAAGGACCAAAGCGAGGAGGAGCUGCUCAACCGGACGAUCGACUUGGAUGAGAUUGCCAUCGAUUCCGCACCAUUCCAGCUUGUGCACGGGUCAUCACUUUACAAAGUCCACAGUCUCUUCUCGCUCCUUGGCCUCUCCCAUGCCUACGUCAGCGAUAGAGGGCGGCUGAUUGGAGUUGUUGGGUUAAAAGAGCUACGAGAUGCCUUGGCUCAUAUCUACCUGAGAGGUGUCUUGCCGGCUAAAGGCGAUCGGAAGCUGACUUCCGGAAUCGUGGGCGUUAUUCCGAAACAGGAGGAGGAGACGCAAAAGGACGAGGAGGUGACCCGAAGACUCGAGAGCAAAUCCAACGGUAUCACCAUCCAAAUGGACGCCAAGCAGACCCACGGCAACUCCCGGUCCGUCCCC